AGACGGUUAAGUCCUCUAGUCCGUUCGCUGACUCCUCAGCCGCAUCUCCAUGCCGGUACUCCAACCGUCUCUGCCGCAACUGACUUCAAGCCUUUGAGACCCUUGCUAUAGUCGACAACGUCCGAGCGUCCCCGUUCGGCGCCGGCCGUCGAGUCUCUGCUCGCAUUCCGUUUUCUUUUUCGAAGGCUGUUCGAUUUCGUGUCAAACGCCAACUGUUCCGGAAAUGGGGUGCAUCAGUUCGUCCCUUGCCAAAUCUGAAGGAGGAGAGAGGAAGAUUAAGAUCCGGAAACCUAAACCGUGGGUACAUCCCGAGCCAAUCACUAGGACGCGACUUGAAAGUAUGCGUGAAGAAUUUUGGGACACUGCUCCGCACUAUGGCGGUCAAAGAGAGAUAUGGGAUGCCCUGAGGGCUGCUGCUGAAGCAGAUUUGACGAUGGCUCAGGCAAUUGUGGAUAGUGCGGGUGUGAUCGUCCAGAACAGAGACCUCACAAUAUGUUACGACGAGAGAGGCGCAAGAUAUGAGCUUCCCAACUAUGUUCUGAGCGAGCCCUCUAACCUGAUCAGGGGUUAGGUUAAGAUUCUCCACUUGCAACACAACACACACACACACAAAAAAAACUCUCUGAACACCCGACAAUAGAGGGUAAGUUUCUCGUUAGGAUAGCAAUGACAGGUUUCCUCUCACUGUCAUUUUAAUGCAUAUAAUCUUCACUCCAUUGAAAAUUGCGUGGGAUGGAAAAAACCACAUUUUUCCAUUCCACGUGUCGUCACCGUCGCUGGAUGCCGGCGGUGAACAUUGCUGCCGCCGGCGUGAAUUAAAGUGCGCCGCAAAGUGACACGUGAUAAUCCAUCUGUGAACUAUAAAAGCAAAAAGUGUUGAGAAAAA